CAAUAUACCUUCCGUAGUGAUAAUAUCUCUGACUUUAAAGAAUACUUGGAUGAUACAGAUGUCUGGUAUAUUGUAGAUGGCCAACCACCACUCCAAGUUCGUGCUAAGACGAUCCUUUUCUGCUCUCCUCAAAAACGACAUUACAAGGAAUUUGAUAAGAUGGUUGGAACAACGAUACGCUUUAUGCCAGUAUGGUCAUGGAACGAGGUCAAUGAAUGCAGAAUCGGUAUGUUCGAUCAUCUCGAAGUAGCGAAGGUUGAAGAUUUGUACUCACGUUGGGGAGGGAUUCCUCGAUUCGUCUUAGAAAAAGCUCUAGAUUCUUCACAGCAAAAUCAUCUCGAAAAUGCAAUUAGCAAGUGUAAUGCUAGAUUAUUAGAAUUUGUUGGGGAAAUUGACCAUGCCGACGACGUCAGUCACAGAAUCAUUCACAUUCACACGAAUGUGGCCG